AAUUCAUUUCUUCCCCCUUCGUGCAGCAGCCAGACACGAAGAAGAGCCUCGCACUCCGCAGUCGCCGUUCACCGUCGCGGGUCUACGUCGCCGUUCGCCAUCGCUCGACGCCGUCACCGUUCGCCAUCGCUCGACGUCGUCGCCGUUUGCCAUCGCUCGACGCCAUCGGCCGUCGCCAUCCCUCGACGCCACUCCCCUGUCGCCUGUCGCCAUCGUCGUCGGCGGUGGCGGCAGCUCGUUCCCCAUUCCUGUCGGCGAGCGCAACGGCCAGCCGGUGAGGUCUCCAUUCUCCCUUGCAAUCACCUUCUCCCACUGCUGCUGCCUCUCCCCUGCAUCGACUCUCUCCCUCUCCCCUGCUGCCUCUCCCCUACAUUGACUCUCUCCCUCUCCCCUGUUGCACAGAUAUUCUGCCUCUCCCCUGUUGCAUCGAGCCAUCGACUCUCCGCCUCUCCCUUGCUGCCCUCCCCUUCAAUUUCUCGACGCAUACACCCACCCAGGAGAACUUCUUGUGGUACCGGUUCUCAAACGGUUUUUAAACGGUCUAAUGCCGGCUGGACCACUAAUGACCGAGCCGUUCACGUUACCGGGUCAUACUCCGGC